AGGAACGAGGAGCACUGCACUGGGAAAAGUUGCGCUUCGUUUGUGUACCUGCGGUACAAACAGUCUGAAGUGAGUCGUAAAUUUCACGAAGUUCGGAGGAAACAAGGAAUUAUGAUUGCCUUCAUUUAAGCAUGAUCUAGCACGAUCAUUUGUUUUUACUUUUUAACCAUUACAUCGUAAUCAUAGGAGUUUAUCUAUAGGCUUCGAUAGCUUCCGCGUUGGAUGUCCUUCGGAGAAAAAAUGGGAAAUUUGAUACUUGUAGUAGUUCUGCUUGGAAUUCUCCCCAAAGAGUUACAGUCCAUUCAAGUGACUGUUCCUCAGACAGAAAGGAGCACAGCGCUCUUUGCAUCUGUCAUCCUUCGCUGUGACUACUCAACAUCCGCCAAUCCAUCAGAGGUCCUAGUUACAUGGAGGUACAAGUCUUUCUGUAAAGACCCUGUGCUGGAGUACUACUCUACAGCCUAUCAAGCCUCAUUGGCUCUGGGGCAGGACCCAGCCAAUGACUGCCCCGAUCGUCAGCGCACAGUUCGUGUAGUGGUUCAGAAAAGGGGCACCAAUGAACCCACACUGGGCUCAGAGUACCGUGAACGCAAGAUCACCAUCCAGGACAAGGCAGACUUGGUCAUUAAUGAAGUCAUGUGGUGGGACAAUGGGGUUUACUUCUGCUCUAUCGACGCACCUGGAGACACCACGGGGGACUCCGACCGGGAAAUCAAACUCAUCGUGUAUCAUUGGCUCACGGUGCUGUUCAUCAUCAUCGGGGCCCUCCUCCUCAUCAUGUUGCUGUGCAUCUGCUGCUGCCAGUGCUGCCCGCAGAACUGCUGCUGCUACGUCCGCUGCCCCUGCUGCCCCCAGACCUGCUGCUGCCCAGAGAAAGUGGUGAUGCAGCACCGGAUGCUGAAGGAGGCCAAGAGAGCGAUGGCCCCGUGGCUCCAUGGCCAGCCCAUAUACGCCCCAGUGUCCAACGGGUCCUCGCAGGCCAAUUACCCUUUACUCUACCCAGGCUCUGUCUCCGACUACCCCACCAAGCAGGGAAUUCCUAUGGGCCCAAUGGGCUACCCACCUCAACACCAAGGCCCACCUGUCAUGUCUCAUGGUAUCUAUGACAAUGGCACUGUUCAGGGAAGUAUCCAUGGGAACAAUCAGAUGCUGGACUUUCUGGAGAGCCAGGUGCGGAGCAUGGAUGUUCCACAACCCUUGGUCCAUACCCAGCCGGCCCCUCAGCAAAUGGCGGCUCACCCUGUCCAGUCGUUACCCCCCCAGCACCGAGCCACCCCACCGCAGGCUGUGCCGUUCUCUGCUGGGCCUCCCAGCAUGCUCUCUGCCCUGGACGAGAUCGGUGUCCACGGCAUGGAGCGACGCGUCAUCCAGCUGCCACCCAUCAUCGGCCGCGGGUCCGGUCAGCGCAGUUCUGGUGGCACCCGCGGCGGGCCGCGCCUGUCCAACCCGUCUAGCGACAACUCCAGCCGAGGGGGCUACCGGCGCGACCCCCGAGAGGGCCCCCGUGACCCGCCGUCGCCACGCCGCGGCAUCCUGCGCAGCUACAGCGACGAGUCGGACUGGGACGAUCGCCACGGGAGACGGACUGGCGGCUCUGGAGGCAGGCGAGGAGGAGGAGGAGGAGGGGCCAGGGGAGCCGAGGGUUACCGUCCUCGCUCGCGCAGCCGAGAUGACGUGAUGGAUGAGCUGCGUCACGUGACCUCUCGCCGGGACAGGAGCUACACGCCCCCGCCCCGCCGCCGGGGCUCCUGGAGUUCCGAGGAGGAGGACAGCCGAGGGGGGGGGUGGCGGCCCUCACGAGGGAGACCCUGGCCUGAGAAGCCACCCAGCUACUCCUCCAUCGAGAUCCAGGCAGGGCAUAGCAGCAGGAAGAACAACAUAGACCGCUUCUCUGUAAGGGUUUGAACUUACAAUCAAGUGACGCUUCAUGACUCAGAUCACUGUUUUCUGACCAAAUUCUUUUCAUCCUUCCCCCUUCUCUCUGAUCUGCUCUCUUCGCCUUGUCUUCCUGCCCUUUUCUUGGGACUUUUUCUGUCUCUUAGGAGAGGAGUUCUCGCAGUGGCAACAGUGUGGUGAUCUGAAACCUGCCUAUCUUCAGUUUAAGCAGAAGCAGAAGUCCUCACUUUUCACUCAUUUUUAUGUACUUCUAGGGAAUUGAACCACAGGACUGAUGGGUUGUCAGUAGGCAGUAGUCACUGACAGUCAGGGGUCCGUGGUUACAGACACUGUUGUUAAUUUCUGAGAUCCAGACGUAUCUCAUUCAUUCUUUUUUAUGUAUGUGUGUACAAAUAUGUAUUUUGGUUGUUUUCAAUGUUUUUUACGUAUUUUAGAAGUUUAGUUUUAGCUAUUGGCAUCAGUACUUUUAAAGGUGAGCGCUGUGGAAUGCAAAAAGACACCACAUUUCAUUCUUUCAGAUAUCUUUUACCUCUUUUUUACCAAUGAAGUUACUAGAAACUAACCUCGCUUCUAGUGUGUGUGUGUGUGUGUGUGUGUGUGUGUGUGUGUGUGUGUGUGUGUGUACACUCCAGUUUACAUUAUUUGAUUAGUGUGUGUUCAUGUGUUCAAAGUAUUUGAAAGCCUCACCAAGCAAUGUUGCAUCAAACAAUUUAAAUGACCACUAAGGUAACAAUAAAUUUAGGACUGAGGGCACAAUAAGAUUUUGUAUGUGUUAUAACUUAAGUAAGUAUAAGUAUAUAUACUCUUUUGAUCCCGUGAUGGAAAUUUGGUCUCUGCAUUUAUCCCAAUCCGUGAAUUAGUGAAACACACUCAGCACACAGUGAACACACAGUGAGGUGAAGC